AUGUCUUCCACUUACAAGUUUCAAGAAAAAAAUUGUUCGUUCCCACUUGAACCACUUUGCAAACCCAAGGUUAAGAAGUGUCGUUGCAAAAAGUGCUCGGUUCACAAAACGGUCCCAGGGCCAAGGGGACCACAAGGAUUUCAAGGACCACAAGGUGACCAAGGACCACAAGGAUUUCAAGGACCACAAGGACCACAAGGGCCACAAGGACCACCAGGACCACAAUGGCCACAAGGACCAAUUAAUAUUCUGAUAAAUACGACAAACACGAAUCCUCACACCCAGACCCUUUGCAAUACGGAUACCAACGAUACCACUACCAAUAACGGUGACACCAACAAAACGGAUAACAGCAAAGUCGAGGAUAGUCUUAACGAUAUUGAUGUCAAUAAGAGCAAAAAUUUUGAUAAGAGUAAGCACGUCGACGUCGAUAUCAAUAAGAGCAAGAAUUUUGAUAAGAGUAAUCACGUCGACGUCGAUAUCGAGAAGAAAGAUAUUGACAAUAGCCGUACCGAACAUAGCCACAAUGCCGAUGUUGAUAUCAACAAGAGCAAAAAUAUCGACAACAGUAAACACGUUGAAGUGGACAUCGAAAAGAAAAAUAUCGAUAAGAGCAAAAAUGUCGAUAUCGACAACAGCAAAAAGGUUGAUAUCGACAAGAGCAAAAAGUUCGAAGUCGAAAAGAAAAAUGUUGAAAUCGACAACAGCAAAAAGUUCGAAAUCGAAAAGAAAAAUAUUGAAAUCGACAACAGCAAAAAGGUUGAUAUCGACAAGAGCAAAAAGUUCGAAAUCGAAAAGAAAAAUAUUAUCGAUAUCGACAAGAGCAAAAAGAUCGAAAUCGACAAGAGCAAAAAGUUCGAAGUCGAAAAGUAA